CCACCUGCACUAUCCCCCUGAUGCGUGUGAAGAGGACCCUGAAGUGAUUGGCUAUGAAGAUGGAGAUUAUGGGCAUGACUACCAUGGGGACAACAGGGUGAAGAGGAAAUCAAGCAGCUCACCUUCCCCUCGUCCAAAGAAAAGGAAGAAGAAGAAAUCUGGCUCUCGAAGGAGUCGGUUUGGCAGCUCCUCACCCAGUCGCAGAGAGAAGAAGAAAAAGAGUGGGAAGAAACACAAGCGAGACAGAUCUGCAUCUGGCUCCAGGAAAAAGAGAAGAUACAGGUCGGGAAGCCCAAAGAACAAACACAAAGACAAGAACAAACAGAAAAAGAGGUCCCCUGGUGAAACACCCAGCAGGAGUUCACAGCGUCAAGGCAGCUGCUGCAGCUCUCGUAGUCCCUCCUUGUCUUCCAUCAGGAGCGCCUCCAAAUCACCCACCAGAUUAAACUCCAAACACAAGACGGACGGUCAAAAGAUGAUUGGCACCCCGCAGUUCCCGGCCCCUGAGAGUCCCACCACUUGGCACAACGGGGACCACACCCAGCGAAGCCGCAACGGCAAGGCCGGCAGACUCAACCUCACCGAUGGCGAGAAAGGGAACGAUAAGUUCCACAUGCUGACUGCCAGCUCUGCAAGCAUCCAGUCAUCUCUGCUGAGAGAGAACAAGAUACACAGCGCCCCCAUCAGGAACCAGAUUGGAAAGAUGUGUGCGGCAGAAGAUGCUGGGAGUGUCGAUGGCAGGGGCACAGCUAUAGGGAGCUCUCUGAGCAAGGCGUCAGGGAGGAGAGGAGGCCAGAGAGGUCAGAAUAAGACCUCCCACUCCCCUGCUCACAGCAGUGACUCGACCCACUCCCAGCACAACCAUACUCACAGAGGGAGGAGCUCUCGUCACCAGAGAAAGGGAAAAGGUGGCCACUCUUCCAAGAGACACCACCGAUCCAGUCGGGGUCAGGCACGCCACCGGAGCACAUCAGCAUCUCCAGGGCGCCAAUCACACACGUCAGCCAACAAAGUCGGGAGCAAGGCAAACCUCCGACAGCGCAGCAGCUCCUGGAGCAGCGGACGUUCGUCCUCGCCCUCUGCCUCCAGAGACAGAGGACCCAGCAAGGCCAAGUCCCCACACAACAGGCAGAAUGCCUCCAGGGACAGGGAGAGUGCCAACCGCUCUGACACCGACAGCCGAGCUCGCCGCCGUUCACGCAGCUACUCACCUAUCCGCAAAAGAAGAAGAGAUUCGCCCAGCUUCAUGGAGGCUCGCAGGAUCACCAGCGCUCGGAAGCGGCCGAUUCCAUACUACCGGCCCAGUCCUUCAUCUUCCAGCUACGACAGCAGCCCGUCACGAUCCAGCCGCAGCCACAGCCGCAGCUACAGCAGCUACAGCCGCAGCAGAAGUCACAGCAGGAGCCACAGCAGGAGCCGGAGCCAGAGCUGGAGCCGCAGCCACAGCUGGAGUCGCAGCCAGAGCCGGAGCUGGAGUCGCAGCAGGAGCCGCUCCCGCAGCCACCACAGUUAUUACAGCCGCAGCAGCUAUGACAGCCCGGGGUUCUGAUGGCGACCAGCAGAACGAGAACAAAAAAAAAAACAGGAACAAAAGUAGGAGAAGUGCUGUUAAACCUGCUGCACUCCGGUAGAUUCAUUACGUAUCCUUAGCAAGUCCUCGGCAGGGGCCGCACUGCUGUACAGCCCGGGAUCCAAACUCCUUCACCAUGGACCAUUCUGUCUCUAACACAGAGCCUGGAUCAAAGAGAGGAAAAUGUAUUUUGAUAUAGCACAUUACCAUGAAAUUGGCUGUCACUGUUCAUGUCUUCUCACACAUUCAAGGAAAGGUUUUUUCUUUUUUACGUGUCUAAAAUGAAUUGGCUGAGCCCAAAGAACAAAUGUAUGUUAGCACUUUCCUUCUCAUCUUCCACACAGCUACCAAAAAUACAUUCAAUAACAGUUAAUAACAGUUAUAUAAGUAUAUAUAGAUAUAUAUCAAAUAUAUCCUGAAAAGAGGGGCUGAGUAGAAGACGAAAAGAAGGCAGACACAUCGAAAUCACACAGCUUACUGUACAUUUCAGAGAAUCACUUCGUUUUCUCUCAUCAUGUAAUCAUCAACCCCAAAGACUUCCAGUUCAUCCAAGCACACAGAUCAACAAAAAGAGAACAAAAGAGAAGUCAGAGGAUGAAUCAGGAAAAGAAAUAAAAAUAACUUUUUUUUUUCUUUUUUUAGAAGAAAACUGUAUUGCAUAGAUUUGUCUGUACAGAUGUAAACUCUCUUAAGUUUGGCUUUGUAAACUAUGCACUGUAUAUUCCAUAUAGUUUGAAGAGGUAUGUUCAGCAUGAUUCAUCAGGAGAGAGUCAAGGAACCUGAUGGAAAUGAUAGGUGCCAGCAGGGUGAAUCUGCCCUCCCCCUUCCCCCUGACCUUUGCAAACAGAGGUUAAUGAACGCAUUACGUUCGUUAUGCUAAUCCUGUGCGAGAGUGUGUUCGCGUUUGUAUGUGUGUGUGAGUGUGAACCUCCUUUACAAAGAUCAACGAGGUAAUGAUUUACGUGAGCUGCUGUAUGGUACCAUACUGCAAAAAGUCUCCAUGCACAUUUGUGAGUUGAUCUCAGCUGUUUAUGAAACUUGCUGUAUUUAUUCAUUUAUUUAUUGGGUUAUUUAUUGUUUAAUGUAUUUAUCAUUUCGCUGUGAAGCAGUUGGAUCAUGGUUUGGAGAUGGGUUUGCUGCAGAUUUGAGAAAAGUACUGUAAAUGUCCACGUUAUGAUACAGAAUCGGUUUCUCAUUGCAAAGGUUAGCUCCUGUUAUCAGAUCAACAGGCAGUGCACAGAUGCACUGCUACGUGUUUAAGGAGCUCUGAUUUUUGAGCCAGUUGAACUGAGCGUUCACCCACAGUUACUCCCACCACUGCCAUUAUUGCGUCCCCAGCCGUUAUAAUGAUUCAUGGUAACGCAGGGCCGCUGUGGCUCUGCCUGUGCCGAGGGAGGAAGAGAACUCGGCCUGAAGCAGCCUGAAGAGUCUAUUACUCUGCUGUACAUUUCCAGUCACUCCAUAUUUCAGUCCCUUGUAUAAUUGGCCACACGUUUCUAGCAGAGGUCUCCCCGGUUGCUGGCUACAAAAGAUAAUGAGCGAUGGCUUGGCAGGCACGGCAGCAGGCUGUGUCUGCACCUCCAUGAGGGUGGUUAACAAACAGGUGAUACAAUCAGGGAUCAGCCUAAGUCUUCCUUACCAUUCACCCGGUCUCAUGACAUGCAUUUCCAGUGUAACCACACUUAUCCCAGCUAUGAUACUCUGCAGCCUGACCAUUUAUUCCAAGUAUAGCAUUGCCCCUUUGAUUCUACAAAUCAUUCUUUGUAUUGUACAAGUUAUUAUACCUGACAAUAAACAGAAACA